AACUUCUGCUGCCCCUUUUGUCAUUCAAAUUUCAAUACUCUCACCUAAUUCUGCUGCGAAAAGUACCUGUUCUCACUCAUUUCGAUUUUUUACUUGACAUAUCUAGGCGUUGUGGUUGUUUGGUAAGAUGAUUUAUUGCUGACUUUAAUGUUUCUUUCUCUCGAUUUUCGCUUUGGAGUUUAACAAAAGAUGCUUUGCCUUCUACCGUUCGGUACUGCAAUUUGGAAGUAUUUGAUAAGACCCCAUUAAACACAAUUGUUGUUCUAUCAUUUUCUCAGCUUUCUUGUCCCAUCAUACACAGGCCCCAUCUACUAUAAUUACAUCCUUUUAAUAUAUUAGGAGCUGUUCAUGUGGGUGGUUUGCUCUUCUGGGUCAUCUCAUUUUGACUUAUUGUCUCCUCUGGGAUUCUGCUGUUUUUGCUACUUACUUUGAGUGAGAAGGAGAGAUCAUGGCAGGAGGUGGAGGAGGAGGAGCUUCUGCGCCGAAAGUAGAUGAACCGCUGCCACAUCCACCAAAGGAACAGCUACCCAACAUUGCUUAUUGCAUUACCAGUCCUCCGCCAUGGCCUGAGGCCAUUCUCCUUGGUUUUCAGCACUAUAUUGUGAUGCUUGGCACAACAGUUCUCAUUCCCACUGCUCUAGUUCCACAGAUGGGGGGUGGAAAUGAGGAAAAAGCAAAGGUGAUCCAGACACUACUCCUUGUUGCUGGCUUGAACACAUUGCUGCAAUCACUGUUUGGAACUAGAUUACCUGCUGUGAUUGGGGGAUCUUAUACCUUUGUGCCAACCACAAUCUCAAUUAUUCUUGCUGGACGGUUCAGUGAUAGUGAUCCUGCUAAGAAAUUUGAAAAGAUAAUGCGGGCAGUCCAGGGUUCUCUCAUUGUUGCUUCAACUCUUCAGAUUGUCCUUGGCUUCAGUGGCCUUUGGCGUAAUGUUGCAAGGUUUCUAAGUCCACUUUCAAUUGUUCCUUUGGUAUCUCUAGUUGGUUUUGGGCUUUAUGAGUUAGGAUUUCCUGGGGUUGCCCAAUGUGUGGAGAUUGGACUGCCUGAGCUGAUCAUUUUAGUAUUUAUUUCACAGUAUUUGCCUCAUGUUAUACGCUCAGAGAAACAUGUCUUUGCUCGUUUUGCUGUCCUAUUUUCGGUGGCAAUUGUUUGGAUUUAUGCUUACUUGCUCACUGUUGGUGGAGCUUAUAAAGGUAGGCCACAAACAACACAAAUCAGCUGCCGUACUGAUCGUUCUGGUCUGAUAGAUGCAGCUCCAUGGAUAAGGUUUCCAUAUCCCUUUCAAUGGGGACCACCUUCAUUUGACGCUGGGGAAGCCUUUGCUAUGAUGAUGGCUUCGUUUGUUGCUCUUGUAGAGUCUACUGGAGCCUUUAUUGCUGUAUCAAGAUUUGCUAGUGCUACUCCAAUGCCACCAUCAGUUCUCAGUCGUGGUGUUGGUUGGCAGGGAGUUGCCAUUUUGAUUUCGGGCUUGUUUGGAACUGUCAAUGGAUCAUCUGUAUCUGUAGAGAAUGCUGGUCUACUGGCCUUGACACGAGUUGGCAGCCGAAGGGUGGUCCAAAUUUCAGCUGGAUUCAUGAUUUUCUUCUCCCUUCUUGGGAAAUUUGGGGCGCUUUUUGCUUCAAUUCCAGCACCCAUUAUUGCUGCUUUAUAUUGCCUUUUCUUUGCAUAUGUGGGUGCUGGAGGCCUUAGCUAUCUUCAGUUCUGCAAUCUCAACAGCUUCCGAAUAAAGUUUAUAUUAGGCUUCUCUAUAUUUAUAGGCUUGUCAGUGCCACAAUACUUCAAUGAGCAUAUAGCACUUAGCGGUCAUGGUCCAGUCCACACUGGUGCAAGAUGGUUCAAUGACAUCAUCAAUGUUCCUUUCCAAUCAGAAGCUUUUGUUGCUGGAUGCGUGGCAUAUUUUCUGGAUAACACAUUGCAUCGCAAGGACAAUGCAAUCAAGAAAGACAUUAAUAAGAAUUGGUGGGACAAGUUCCGAUCUUUCAAAGGUGAUUCAAGGAGUGACGAAUUUUACUCGCUUCCCUUCAACUUAAACAAAUAUUUCCCAUCAAUGUGAUAUGUGCAGAGGUCAGUUAAAGGUUGAUCUCAACUAAUAGCUUCUCCUUGUAAAUCAAUAGCUCUCCAUGUAUUACCAUUGUCAUUCCCUGUUUUAUAUUGUAUUAUAUGCUAUAGCAUUAUAACAAAGUCUUCCCUUUGUAGAAUCAGGAUGCCUUAGAAUAUUUGUUUAAUUAUAUCGCUGUAAAUCCAACUGAGACAUGGAUUUGGAGUUGCAAUGAAGUUUUUAUUGCCUUUGUUCAUUCAUCCUAGCUUGUUCUGUUUCCCUUGUAAGUUUUAGUCCUUUCUGUAUCAGGAUAUUGUGGAGUUGUAGAGCAGGUGGCAAACUCCAUCUGCUUCCUCUUGGACUGGGUUGAGGGUUUGAACCCUAUCUAGCCCGACUUGUAAACCAAGAAAUGUAUAUUUCACAU